AUGCCUCUCUCCAUGUGCCAGCGACUUGGAGACAUAGAGAUAAUGCCCACACGCAUGACCCUCCAGUUGGCUGAUUGCUCCAUUACUAGACCAUAUGGAGUGAUUGAGGAUGUGUUAAUUCAGGUCAAGCAGCUUGUAUUUCCUACAGAUUUAAUGGUUAUGGAUAUAGAGGAGGAUCCUGACAUUCCCAUAAUAUUGGGCCGUCCUUUCAUGUCCAUGACCAAUUGUAUAGUAGAUAUGGGGAAAGGAAAGUUAGAAUUGGGUGUGGAGGAUCAAAAAGUCUCAUUUGACUUAUUUGAAGCAAUGAAGCAUCCAAAUGAUAUGAAAGCUUGCUUUGAUCUGGACAAGGUAGAACAGGAAAUAGAAAUAGCUGCUACAGCCAUGGCACUGCACUUUCCUUUGGAAAAAGCAUUGAUUAAUCAUGUAGAAUGUCUUACUAGAGAGGAGGAACAUGAAGUGCAAACUUGUAUCAAAGAGUUGGAUGGUGCAGGAGAAAAUUCUGAGGGACAUACUGGAUUUGAAGAAUUGAAGAACGGUGGGAAAAUAGAAAAACCAAAAGUAGAGUUGAAGACCUUGCCUGCACAUUUGAAGUAUGUAUGUUUGGAAGACAAUAACUCCAAACCUGUAAUUAUUAGCAGCUUGUUGAAGAAAAUAGACGAAGAUUAG